UACAACACUCAACAGUCAUGCUGGUGCUUUAAGGAAAAAAAAGCAAUAUCACCUGAUAGCCUGAUUACUAUUUAUGAACUCAAUUUCAGUUUCCAGUGUGUUUAUUCAGGAAGACUGUAAUUAAAUCUGCACAUUCCUACUGUACGUGGCGUGGCCGUGACAACAACGAGCCAGCGCACUUUCCAACAGCGACCUGCACGUCAGCUCUCAGAUGUGGGCUGGAGAAGCAGACACUCCUUUUCCCCUCCUCCUGCGCCCGAUAAAACCUGCUCUCGCGUCCCCUCCUCGACGCGCUGUCGGAAAACACAGCCACCCGAGUUGGACAUUUCAACCUGGCAACCUGACACGACCUGGCAACGUCGCUCGCUGUAGUUUGGAGCAACAGCGGCCGGGCGCGAGCCACUUGACGCCGCAGGAGGCUACUCGCCGCGGGGGCUGCCCCACUGGAGCCGUGUCGGCAGUGAGCGCGAGUCGACGACAGUUGACACGGAGCUGGCCGCGGGACUGCCCACCGAGCCUGGGCGAACUAGCCCGCCGCGAGCUACUACCAACGCGUCAAACUUGCAACACCGGUGGCCGUGGCCUCGGCAGCCGCCUGCCCGGCUCCCUUGACAGCCGGCUAGCCCGCUGCUAAAGGCUGUUAGCAGCUAGCCUAGCUUAGCUGUCGGCAGCCCGGCGAGCCGGCGACACCUUCCAACAUGAGGCUGAAGGUGGGGUUCGUUUCACGGAGUUUGCUCUUCAUCGGGACGUUCCUCGGUUUGGUGGUGCUCUGGUCGUCCCUGUCGCCCAAACCCAGCGACGACAACCCCUUCGAGAAACGGGAGGACAGUUUGCUGCCCAAAGGAGACCUCGCAAAUCACUUUAAGCCGGUGGUGCCCUGGCCUCAUGUGGAGGGGGUGGAGGUUGACCUCAACUCCAUCCGGCUCAAACAUGGAGGAGCCAACCAUCCCCAGAACCCCGACCAGCAGCCCAACCAGAAGCAGGUGAUCCAGCAGCAGUAUGUGACAUUCAGGCCUCAAACAAAUGCCUACACAAGCCCUGUCCUGAAGAAAGGUGUCCUGGGAAACUUUGAGCCAAAGGAACCCGAGCCUCAAGGGGUCCCCGGCGGUCCUGGAGAGGGAGCGAAAGCCUUUAUCCUGGGUCCAGAGUACAAAGACUCAGUCCAGACCACCAUCAAAGAGUUUGGCUUCAACAUGGUGGCGAGUGACAUGAUCUCACUGGACAGAACCAUCAGUGAUAUACGCCAUGAAGAGUGUAAGUACUGGCACUAUGACGACAGGCUGCUGACCUCCAGCGUGGUGAUCGUCUUCCAUAAUGAAGGCUGGUCUACGCUGAUGAGGACCAUCCACAGUGUCAUCAAGAGGACUCCCAGGAGAUACCUGGCUGAGGUGGUCAUGAUAGACGACUACAGCAACAAAGUCCAUCUGAAGGAGCGUUUGGAGGAGUACAUCAAGCAAUGGAAUGGUCUUGUAAAACUCUUCAGAAAUGAGAAGAGAGAAGGACUGAUCCAGGCCCGGAGUAUAGGAGCCCACAAGGCCUCUAAAGGACAGGUGCUGAUCUACUUGGAUGCGCAUUGUGAGGUGGGAAUCAAUUGGUAUGCACCACUGAUUGCUCCUAUUUCAAAAGACAGGACAGUAUGUACAGUUCCCCUGAUAGACUAUAUAGAUGGUAAUGAGUACACUAUGGAGCCCCAGCAGGGUGGAGAUGAGGACGGCCUGGCUAGAGGAGCAUGGGACUGGAGCCUGCUCUGGAAGAGAGUACCACUUAGCCAGAGAGAGAAGGCCAAACGAAAGCAUACCACCCAGCCCUACCGGUCUCCAGCCAUGGCAGGUGGUCUCUUUGCUAUAGAGAGAGACUUCUUCUUUGAGCUGGGUCUUUAUGACCCGGGACUGCAGAUAUGGGGAGGAGAGAAUUUUGAAAUAUCAUACAAGAUCUGGCAGUGCGGUGGUCAGCUGCUCUUUGUGCCGUGCUCUCGCAUCGGACACAUCUACCGACUUCAGGGAUGGCAAGGCAACCCUCCACCUGCACACGUUGGAUCGUCACCCACUCUGAAGAACUAUGUUCGUGUGGUGGAGGUAUGGUGGGAUGAAUAUAAGGACUACUUCUACGCCAGUCGUCCUGAAACUCUCACCCUCGCCUACGGAGACAUCAGUGAUCUUAAACGCUUCAGGGAGGAACAUCGAUGCAAGAGCUUCAAAUGGUUCAUGGAGGAAAUAGCGUACGACAUUCCUAUGCACUACCCUCUGCCUCCUAAAAAUGUAGAAUGGGGAGAGAUCCGGGGCUUUGAGACCAGCUACUGUAUCGACAGUAUGGGACACAACAAUGGAGGCAAUGUGGAAAUUGGUCCAUGCCACAGAAUGGGGGGUAACCAGUUGUUCCGCAUCAAUGAAGCCAACCAGUUGAUGCAAUAUGACCAGUGCCUGACCAGAGGACCAGAUAAUUCAGCUGUCAUUAUCACACACUGUGAACAGAACCAGCACACUGAGUGGAAGUACUUCAAGGAUCUUCAUCGGUUCACUCACGUGCCAACAGGGAAGUGUCUCGACCGCUCCGACCUGCUCCACAAAGUGUUCAUAUCGGACUGUGACACCAGUAAGACCACUCAGAAGUGGGAAAUGAACAACAUCGUGGCGGUAUGAAGAGGACCACUUGGAGCUUGGGGAGGACUGAACGAGCACAUACACACUGAUGAACACAUGCCACGAAAAAACAUACUCUACAUUGGACGAGAAUAACUUGAAGAAAAUCUGUUUGGUUUAUGAGCCAGUCAUCAUCAGUGCAUCUCCGACACGAUGGAGUCUGAGUGGUCACAUAUAAAGAUACGGAGUAUUGGCUGUUAACAGCAGUUAUGCCUCUGUUAAACUCAAGUCCAAAAAGUCCACAGGGCCCGGAGUGGCCUCCACUGACGCUGCUGGUCCUCAGAAUGACAAACACUGAACUGGAAACAUGGUGGGCUCCGUCUCCGUCUGUUCUUUUGGGCUCUCAGGUCUUUUCUAAACCACUACAUUGAUUAUAUGAAUUAAAUUAUAGGAAUUAUUCAACAUUCACGCUCUAAUUUCACCUUUUCAAUCAACCAAACUGAUUAGCUCUUUUACCAAUGAGUCCUUUUUAUUGGUCACACCGUCAGUGUGUUACACCAGGUGGGCAGGUUCUGAUGCCGUCAGGCGGGAACAGUGUGCUCAAAAAAAGCAUUUAUUAAAAAAAAUAGCAAAGAGCGAACACUCAGGUGAGUGAGAGGGAACCAGCAGCCGGGUCCAUGUUUUUGAAAGAGUUGAGUUGGUGAUGUCAUGUUGAUUGUUGGUGAGCGUUAAAGAAGCUGGCUUGUUUUCUGUACUUCAACAAUCAAGAAUGUGGAAGUGUCAAACUGGCCCGUUUGGCCAGCUGAACUACAGCAGCCUUCCUCUGAGGAGAUAGAAUUAAAGCUGCUCACAGAAAGGAAAUGCACCUCUAAUGGAAAUCUAAAGAACUCUAAAGAACGGCCGAGUGCAUACCUCUGCCACAGCCCCCCUAAAUUCAAUCAAGCCACACUCACAGAUUAUUAGUCCACUCUUAACUGAGUCUUGUCAUCAGGAUCCAUGCUUUAUUCUCUGGGGUAUCGGUGGAAAUGUCAAAAAGUGAGAUUUUAAAGGUGUGAAUAGGCCCUCUGACAUGUUUAAUUGAAUAUUAGUUAUUUCUUCACAUUUGCACUCCGCAGUCCGUGAAGAUGAUUCUUGGCGGCCCCCAUCAAAGGACAACUUCUGGCUCGAAGCCAAAACAGUAAUCUGAUGGGCUGAAUUUAUUUAAUGAAUAAGCAAAAUGAUUCACCACAAAAUCCCAACACAAAAUGACAGCGAUGACCACAGAGUGAUGUUCGUGUCCUCCUACAUGAAGCUUCAUAUUUCCCUCCCCCUCUCUGUGCCAUGUCUGAAGCCACAGAGCUGCCUCCCUCUGAGAACGAUGCUGCCAGCACGAGCAACAGAAACUCAUACACUGUAAAAACGUGAUUCGUCCCCAUUUACUGCUGUCGAUUUCUAUCAGCCUGAGUGAAUUUACGAACACUGCGACGGAGGUGUGCAGUGAUCCGACUGAGGACUCAGGACCUCCCUGCCUUACUGACAGUCUUGAGUUCUUCAGUAGCUGACCCGUUGACUGUGACCUUUGUACCUGCCUGUCUGAAAAGAAAAAGAAAAAAUUAAAAAAAAAACAGUGGUGGUUGGGUUGGGGAAUGAUUUCGGUGAGAAAUGCACAACUUGGGGUCUGGGUGAAAAGAUGUGACUGCUUUCUUUGUUUAGUUUUAUUUUUUUGUCCAAGGGAAGAGGGUUUGGUGUACGGAUCAUAACGUAUGCAAAGUUUUGUACAAUGUAAAUAGACGGUCGUGAUACAUUUUGUGAAGGGCCUUGAAUGACGUUGUAAAUAUCUUAACUUAUAGCAGAGAUUUAAUAAUAUGGGCUGCACCGCGGGUGCUUGAGGAAAUAAAGGAGCUGAUUUGUACCACGA